CUUGACAGUUCAUCAGUUACUGCGCAAUAGCGUACCAUUGCCGAAUUUGUACUGGAUCGGAUGAUCGGAGGGCAUGCAGGCUAUAAAACAGUUGAUAUCCAAUCAUGCAACUUAUUGAGGAUAUAAAUAGCAGUUGCACAUUGAUCGGGAAACGGCACAACCGCUGAUCAUGACAACAGAAGCACAUUCGGAUGACGGACACAAUGUAUCACGCGGUUACCGAUUUCUUGCUGUCGAUGCCUCCACUGACUUAAAUGGUGGCGCUGUCAGAUCCGACCUUUCGUGAAUUACACUGCAUACAAAAGAAGACCCAAACUUAAUCCUCCAGUCUGAUGAUAUGAGAAGCCCUAGAUGAUGAUGGAGAUGCUCUGGUACAUAAACUGGCUGUGCCUGAUGGGUCUUUUCCUGGCCUCCCUACUCAUCGUGUUGGCUUGGCUUGUCCAGUACUCCCUGGACGUACUACACCCGACGAGCCCCAAGUCACUCACCCAGGGCUGGGGUGCCACAUCCAGGCUACUCCCACCUAUCACCCUCUCCCAACGGACUCAGGCUGGGGGUGUGUGGGGCACCCUGCUCAAGCUCUGGCUCGGACGGGAUCGAGGAGGAGCAGCGUCCGAGGCCGGGGUGAAGGGUCUGCUCACAUCACUGUUCUCCUUCAAGUCUUUCCGGGAACAUUGGCAGAGGGCUUGGGUCAAAGUUCUCAAUGAACAAGCCUGCAGACAUGGGAGCUCCAUCCAGAUCACCUUUGACAACAGUCUCCAGCUCCCUGCCUCUGCUAUUGUAGAUAGUGUGAUCUGCACAGACCAAUCACCUACCACUAUGGUCUUACAGUGUAAGUGUGCGGUUGACACUGUAACGUUCCCUGUGACUGUCACCCAGCAGUCACCUGCAGCUGUUUCCAUGGAUACCUACCAGAUCACCAUAAAGCCAAUGCUGGCCCAGUUGGUGGUGCGUCUGGAGGAAGUAGAAGAAGAGGGUCUGCUGGUGUCCUGGACUUUCUCCCAGCAGCCGAUCUCCCUCACCGUGGCCCCACGCAGGAUCCAGAGAGAGGAGAGUGAUGCAGAGAUAGACCCAGACAUGAUUCGGGAGCUGGUGAAGGAUACUCUGUUCAGCACACAGCCAGCCAUGAUCCUCAACCUCAGGGCCUGUGUGUCCAGCACUACGUUCCCCAGGGCAACAGGCCUAACCCCGACAGGUCUGACCCCCCCGUCCCAGAGUUUACCCCCCAUACGAAGGCUCCUGCUUCGCCAGCUCAGGGAACCUGCCUCAGAGCAGGUAGCUAUAUCACAUCAGCCACGACCCACCAUCUCUUCUCCCAAAAACCAGAGUCGAUUACUGUGUGUGUGUGUGUGUGUGUGUGUGUGUAGCCAAGUCAUGCAGUUCAGGGAGCUGUGCUGUACCGUGAGCCUGGACCAGCCAUCAACAGAAAGGAGGACCUGCUUCCUGCCUGCAACCCUCAGCCCUGACACCUCACUGGACUGGAGUGAGGACAUCUCACUGGAUCUGGCUCCAGAAACCAAAGAGCUGAGAGUGAGAAUGCUGGAGAAGACCACCAAGGGGGAACAAUUCUUGUCUGGCUUUGCCUCGCUACCCUUGGACCUCAACCGCAGAGCUCCUACUGGUCAGCAUGUGCUGUCAGUCAGCCCAGGGCACGGCCUGGCACCCAAUGCUACGGUCACCUUUGAGCUGGUGUACCUGGAGGUAGUGGACCCCCUUGGAGCUCACUACACCACGCCCUUCCGCACCUCCAUCACCCCGACCAAGAAGGUGGAUGUGGACCGGACCAUCAUGCCAGACGGCACCAUCGUCACCACCGUUACCACCAUACAGUCACGACCCAGACCGGGAAAACUAGGUGACUCUCCCUCGCGGUCCCCGUCCAAAGUGGAGGUGACAGAGAAAGGGACCAUAUUCCUCACUGAUGGCUGCCAUAGCAGGACCAGCUCCAGCCCUACUCUAAGCACUGAUAGUCCCCUGUCUAAUGGGCUGGACCCGGUGGCUGACACGGCUAUAAGACAGCUGACGGAGAACGCCAGCAAGGUGUCCAAGAAGACUCCCACUAAACGGAGCACGCUCAUCAUCUCUGGCGUGUCAAAGGUUCCCAUCUCGGAGGAUGACUGUGGCCUGUCUUGUGGCUACGCUGCAGCCAUGGAUGCUGCCCUGCAGGGAGGAGGAGCCUCCAACUACUAUGGGGCGGGGCAACAUCAGGAAGCAGACGAGACCACGCCCUCGGAUGUGUCUGAGCGGCCGUCUGUCGAUGACGUGGAGUCAGAAACGGGCUCCACUGGGGCCCUGGAGACACGCAGCCUCAAAGACCAUAAAGUGGGCUUCCUCCGCAGCGGAACCAAGCUACUAUUCCGUACAAGACACCGAAAGAAGGACCCAACCUUCAGCCAAUCCCACGAGGACCUCUCCAACCUGGCCAGUGUCUCUGCCUCUUCUGCCUCUGGCACCAUUGUGCGUAAGAAGUCCGGCAGCUUCUCCCGACGACUCAUCAAGCGCUUCUCCUUCAAGUCGAAGUCGAAGGACAAAGCCAGUGCCACCAAUGGAGGGCCGAGCACAGCAGACAACUGAUAGACAAUUGAAUGGUGUAUAGCGGAUGGCUAAUGGCAUUUUGCUACCGCCUUCCAGAGACUUAGAAGUAGGCUACUGUUGCCGUGGACCCAGAAAUCGCCCUGGCUUGGUCAUCCCGUCCCACCAUUUCUUCCUCUGUUUUCACCAUCUGAUGAGGAACCCAAAUUUGCCACUUGUAUCUAGUUUUUGCAGGCAGAACACGUACACCCCAGGUUGGUGGUUACCUAUCCUGCAUCUCUUACCUCUGAUAGGACUCAUUUUCCUCUGGAUAAGAAACGCACACGUCAGGGACAGAUAGAUGGAUCCAGGGACUGUUUGCUUAUUAUCAAAGCCAUUUCUUUUCAGAAGGAGCCUCUGUUGCUCUGGUGGAUUUAAAGGGGGUAAAGGGGGAUAACGAAAGUAAGAAUAAACUUGAAGAUGUUGCAAUUCAACACUAAAGGGGCAGUAGGUAGAGUGAGUGUGGCCUCUUCCAAAUCAAUUUAUUUAAAAAUAUGAUUUUCUUGGUUGCACUUUAUCGGAUUGUUUACAGCACUUGACAGCUUCUUCUGGUGUUAAUUUUAUUGGUAUUUGUAUUGUUUGCUCUCUGAUUCACAUGAUUAUCCUUCUGUUUCCCCCCAAAAUAUUGGUUCACGUUUGGUGGUUUGCAUUAUGUAGGCCUAGUAGAGACAUGACUUUAUCUUUCUUUCCUGCUUAGUUGUAAAAUGUAAUCUUAAAUAACAAACUUAGUUGAAGAACAAAUAUCAACCCCUCGCAUAGGUCUUAAGUGGUAAUGUUGACAUUCAUAGUGGCUUAUACAUUAUGUUUUAACAAUGUUGUUCAUAAUUGUAAGUUGUACAAAAACCAAAUGCAGGCAUACUUAUGUCUGUGUUUCGUAUUUUGUUUUUUUAGAAAGGGAAAUCUUCAAGGCAAACUGUUAUAAAAAAGGCAAACUGUUUUAAAUGA